GGUGUGGUGGCGGUGGGGUGGCAGCGGCAGUCGACAGGUCUGCGCUGCGGCGUCUGCGGUGCGGCGAGCGGCGUCUGCGGGUGCUUUCAGUAAUCAUCCAUAAGUAUUGAUUGAACACUUUGAAAAUGGCGGACAGUAAGUCGUUUUUGCACAUUUGGUGUGCAAAGCAGAAAAUCAACCCUCCUCACUUCGAUGUUAGGCCCACGGGCGUGAAAAAUCGUCAAAGGUUCCUGUGCGAUGUCCGCGUCGAAGGUUUCAGCUAUGUUGCUGUGGGCAAUUCUACAAACAAGAAGGAUGCUCAGAUGAAUGCUGCUCGUGACUUCAUACAAUUCUUAAUUCGAGAAGAUAAAGUGGCUCCGAACGAAGUCCCUGACGAUAUGGGGUCAUUAGGAGGUGGUUUCCCUGAGGGCCCAGAUGGUUCUGAUAACCAAGUUCCCAUUUCUAGCCAGCCAAGCCAUUCUGUAUUUAAGCCUGGUAUGGGCCCGGCUGAUUUUGGGACAGCAUACCGUCCCUUUCAAGAAGGUGAUCGCAAGAUGACAUACAUUGACCGAAUGGCUGAAAAGAAACAAGUUGAAGAGGCAGAGGAUUUGGACAUGAAUGCUUCUAUUCAUGGAAACUGGACCAUUGAGAAUGCCAAGUCAAAGUUGCACCAGUUUAUGCAAAUGCACAGGAUUGCAGCGGACUAUAAUUACACAACUGUUGGCCCAGAUCAUAAUAGGAGCUUUGUGGCAGAAAUGACAUUUCACGUGAAGAAACUUGGACGUUCUAUAACUGGCCGAGUUACUGGUUCAAACAAGCAAAGUGCUUCAAAGAGUUGUGCCUUGUCCAUUGUAAGACAAUUGUUCCACUUGGGUGUAAUUGAACCCUUCUCUGGCACCUUAAAAAUGAAGGAAACUGAACUCAUGAAACCAUUUGAUGUAAAUAUUGCUCCAGAUCUAAUGCAUGGUGUGAAAGAUGUUCUUGACGCCCUCAAUCUCACCCCUGUUGAUGUGAAACCAGAGUGUAAAGAAAUUUCUCUUGUGACAUCCAAAGUAUUGGAUGAAUUUAUCACAUCCACGCCUGCACCUGUUGGUGUUGUGCCUUGGUCACCACCUGUUCCAAAUUGGAAUCCUUGGAGUGGUUGUAAUAUUGAUGAAGGCCCUUUAGCUCAUGCUUCUCUAGAUCAACUCAGUGAGGAUCUGUGCAAUGAAUAUAAGCAGCGUCUUCAAAAUGAUGAUACAUUGAAGAAAAUGAUCAAUGAUCGCCAAAGGCUGCCAGUGGCUUCAAUGAGAAGUCAGAUAAUGGCAGCUAUUAAUGACAACUCUGUUGUUAUCAUUCGUGGUAACACUGGCUGUGGUAAAACCACACAAGUAUGUCAAUUUAUUCUGGAUGAUUAUAUUCAAUCUGGCCAGGGCGCUUAUUGCAACAUUGUAGUCACCCAACCAAGAAGGAUUUCUGCAGUGUCUGUUGCUGACCGAGUUGCUAAUGAAAGAGCUGAGCCUUUGGGCCAGAGCAUUGGUUACAGUGUCAGAUUUGAAUCUUGUUUGCCUCGACCAUAUGCUGGUGUCAUGUUUUGCACUAUAGGUGUGCUAUUGCGAAAAUUGGAAAACGGCUUGCGUGGUGUGUCACAUGUUAUAGUGGAUGAGAUACAUGAAAGAGAUGUUAAUUCUGAUUUCAUCAUGGUCAUUUUGAAAGACAUGGUUCACACAUACCCAGAUUUACGUGUAAUUCUGAUGUCUGCCACAAUUGACACAACACUCUUCACUGAAUACUUCAACAAUUGCCCCAUAAUUGAGAUUCCUGGACGAGCAUUCCCUGUUGAUGAAUACUUUUUGGAGGAUUGUAUUCGCCUCACAAAAUUUAUACCUCCACCUCCAAGAGGCAAGAGAGGAAACAAGAGCAAUGACGAAGAUGGUGUAGGUAUUGAUGAUGUGGAAGAAAACUUAAAUCUACACAUUUCUGAUCAUUAUGAUGCCGCAACAAAGCAAGCAAUGGCAAAAAUGUCGGAAAAAGAAAUAUCAUUUGAACUUAUUGAUGCACUGCUAAGAUACAUCAAGGACCAAGGAGUCCCUGGAGCAGUUCUUAUUUUUCUGCCUGGGUGGAAUCUGAUUUUUGCUAUCAUGCGCUAUCUUCAAAAUCACCCCAUUUUUGGUGGCUCUGGAUAUGUUAUAAUUCCCCUGCAUUCCCAGCUCCCUCGUGAAGACCAGAGACGAGUGUUUGACACAGUUCCUGAAAAUGUUACUAAGGUUAUUUUGUCAACCAACAUUGCUGAAACAUCUCUGACCAUUGAUGAUGUCGUAUUUGUCAUUGACAGCUGCAAAGCUAAAAUGAAGCUUUUCACUUCUCAUAAUAAUAUAACCAACUAUGCCACUGUUUGGGCAUCCAAGACGAAUUUGGAACAGCGGAAGGGACGCGCUGGUCGUGUGAGAGCUGGGUACUGCUUUCAUCUAUGCAGUAAAGCAAGAUUUAAUAAGCUAGCUGAACAUAUGAUCCCAGAAAUGUUCCGUACACCACUGCAUGAACUUGCUUUGUCAAUCAAGCUGCUACGGUUGGGCCAAAUAGGUCUUUUCCUCAGCAAGGCAAUUGAACCACCUCCAAUUGAUGCUGUGAUAGAGGCUGAAGUAUUGCUGCGUGAAAUGAAAUGUCUGGACAAAAAUGAUGAGCUUACUCCACUUGGCAAAAUUUUGGCAAGACUUCCCAUUGAGCCCCGUUUGGGUAAGAUGAUGAUCCUUGGAAACAUCUUUUUCUGUGGGGAUGCCCUUGCAACAGUUGCUGCCAACAGUUCAACAAUGCCUGAUGUCUUCAUUACUGGAAUGGAAAGAAGGCGACUUUCGUUCCAACAAAUUGCUUUUAGUGGUUGCCGUAACUCUGAUCAUGUGGCCAUGAUGAAUGCUUUCCAGUCAUGGGAAGAUGCAAGGGUUGGUGGGGAAAGAGCUGAAAUUGACUACUGUGAUCACAAAGGCUUAUCUGUUCCAACUUUGAGAGUGACUUGGGAAGCCAAAAACCAGUUGAGGGACCUGUUAAUGGCCUGUGGAUUUCCUGAAGAAACCUUAGCCCCACAGAUGUACAAUUACCAUGGUCCUGAUGCAAAAUUGGAUAUGGUUGUUGCUUUGCUAAGCUUGGGUCUGUAUCCCAAUGUAUGUUACCAUCAGGAAAAGAGGAAGGUUCUUACAACAGAAUCAAAAUCUGCUCUUAUUCACAAGACAUCUGUUAACUGCAGAAAUGAUGCUUCUUUCCCUUUCCCAUUUUUCGUGUUUGGAGAAAAAAUCCGAACUCGAGCUGUUUCUUGUAAACAAAUGACAAUGGUAACUCCAAUCCAUCUCCUAUUGUUUGGAUCCAGAAAAGUGGAUGUUGUGGAUGGCCUUGUGCGUCUUGACAAUUGGAUUCUCUUGAAAAUGGAUCCAAACCAAGCUGCUGCUGUAGUGGCUUUGAGACCAGCUAUUGAAAGUCUUGUGAUCCGAGCAUCCAAAGAACCAGAGCUGAUUACAGAGCUUUCUCCACUUGAUGAGAAAGUGAUCAACAUAAUAAGGCAGCUCUGUAAGAUUAAUUCUGGAAGACAUGAGUUGGAGCCUGUUGCCUUGACUAACCCUCAUUCUCGCAGACCGCCCCGUGGAGACUUAAACAGAAGCUUUGACGGAGGGCCCCCUGCCAAAAUGCCUCGAACUGAUGACAAUGGAGGUGGAAAUAGCUUCGGUAGCCCAGGAGGCUCAGGCUUUAGUGGAUAUCAAGGUGGCGGUGGCGGAUACAGAGGUGGUUACAGAGGCGUAGGAGGAGGAUAUGGAGGAUUCCGUGGAGGAUAUGGAGGUGGGCGAGGAGGAGGUGAAGGCUACUUUGGUGGAAGAGGUGGUGGCUACAGAGGUGGUUUUGGAGGUAACAGAGGCAGAGGCGGAAGAGGCAGAUUUUAAGUUUGCACUGAUUUGUAUGUUCCUGAAUGAUAUCUUUAUUCGAUGAUAGGGCCUGACUUUUUGGUAUGCCUCAUUUUUAUUUGAUGGUAGAGUCUCACUUUUUUUGUGUGUUCUGAUAGAUUUUUAUUUGAUGAAAGGCCAAGGCCUUCAUUUAUUCUUGAAUGGUAUAAUCGUUGUGUUAUAUCACCACAACAUCAACAUCACUCUGAACCAUCACAGUUUUUAUUCAACAUUCCUCUUAUGUUCCUAUUGUUUCCCUUUUCUUUUGCAAUACAAUAUUAUACACAUAUUAUGUUAUUUGUCUUGUAUCCAAAUGUGUGAUUUAUUUGUCAAUAACAGCAUUAAGCUACAUAAAUUGAGA